CAUGUUAUGUUUCAAUAGAUACAACAUGAAACAAUGGUUUGUUAAGUGGUUAGAAGACAACAGGGGUUUGGUUGUCGUUCUGUUUUGUCUUCCCGCGAGUUUCAUUUUCGAUGUCUGCCUUCGAUUUCGGAACUGGGUUAUAAGAUAUCUAUUUUCUGCACCCCACCAGCAUAAUGAACGAGUACGAACUAUCCAGGCCGCAGUUCGUAAAUGGAAUGAUCUUCCAACUGAGAAUAGAAGACCAAUGUGCACCUCGCGACCAAACUGGUUAAGCUUAUCCACCACAUUCUUCCAAAAGAAGGAUUGCCACCAAAUCACGGUUUCUUUGUUUGAUAUUCUCAACUUAGAUGAAGAAAAUAUGAUAGUAAAAGUUGAGCCGAUGGUGUCAGUUCGUGAUGUCACUGAUUACCUCAUCACGCGAGGUUACGCUCUAGCGGUUACGCUUGAAAUUGGUGACGCAACUUGUGGGGGGUUGGCCAUGGCUGUUGGGAUGACUACGUACUCACAUAAAGUUGGAUUAUACCAAGAAGCCGUGGUGUCAUACGAUGUGGUUACCGCUGAUGGUAGUUUAAUACACGUCGAACGAGACAAUGAGCAUGAGGACUUAUUCUCUUGCCUACCAUGGUCUCAUGGGACCUUAGGCUUCUUGGUAGCUUUAGAGCUAAAAAUUAUCAAAGUAAAGCCUUACAUACACCUGCAAUAUAUCCCUGUAAAAGGGAAAAAGAAUUAUUGCGAUAAAAUGAGGUUGUUGUCCGGUGCGUUGGAUAAAUUGGCAACAACUCCUGAUUAUCUUGAAGCGACCGUCUUUUCAAAAGAUGAAGCAGUGAUCAUGGUCGGGAAUUUCUCGUAUGCCGAUAAACCAGGGGAGAUGGGAAAGGUUAAUAAUGUGGCAAGAUGGUAUAAACCAUGGUUCUACAAACAUGUUGAGACAUUCCUACGUACCGGUGGGGGUGAUGAAUACAUCCCAUUGCAACAAUACCUUUUACGUCACAACCGGGCCAUAUUCUGGGUGGUGGAAGCAAUGAUUCCAUUCGGAAACCAUCCCAUAUUUCGUGCUCUACUGGGUUGGCUUUGUCCCCCCAAACCUGCUUUCCUUAAGUUCACAACAACCCCAGGUGUUCGAGCCAUGACCUUCACAAGACAGGUGUUUCAAGACAUUGUUCUUCCAAUGACUGUCCUGGAGAAAUCCAUUGAUAUCGCUGAAGAUUUGUUCGACACUUACCCCAUACUAAUAUACCCGUGUCGUAUAUACGACCAUGGUGUGAAUAGUGGGCAACUAAGGCCACCACGGGAGGACCAGAUGUGUCCAGGGGCAAAUUACGGGAUGUUUUAUGACCUGGGAGUUUAUGGAGUGCCUGGUAAGGUGAAGAGAAAGGAGAGAUAUGAUUCAGUGAAAGCCAUGAGAUCAAUGGAAUCAUUCAUUCGUCAACAUGGUGGAUAUUCAUUUUUAUACGCUGAUAUUUUCAUGACCAAAGAAGAAUUUCAUGAAAUGUUUGAUUUGACUUUAUAUGAACAAUGUAGGGUGAAAUAUGGGGCAGUAGGUGCUUUCCCUCAUCUCUAUGAUAAAGUUAAACCUGAAAUUAAUGUUUUUGAAGUCGGCAGGACAUGGGCUGAGACCAAUUAAGUUAAUGGACCUGUUAUAUACGAUGGGAUGUCCUACAGGGAGGCAGAGCAUUAAUAUUUAUUAUUUAUCCAUCAUAAUGAUGGCUUGUGUUUUUGUAUUUGCUUUCUUAUAUACAUAUAUGAUGAUUUAUUCAAUAAAUGUUUUCAAUGUUAGUAGUUGAAAAGCCAUAUAAAUUGAGUAAAAUAGUAAACAAAUUCCACUAAGGGAAUAAAUUGUUUAUUGGUUAAGUUUUAAUUGUGAGACCAACCCAUUUUUGACAUGUAUAUUUUACUUUCACUUUAUCAUUUAAGGUGCUAUAACUACUUUGAAUUGUAUUAUGUUUUAUAACAUUCAGUUUUUAUUGAAAACUUUAAAUUGUGUGCUAUGACAAUAGGUCCUUUACUUAAUUGACGCACACCUGAAAUUUGAAAUGUGAUUUUGAAUUGCAAAAUUUUAAUUUAUUGUUUCACUGUGUGACUUCUAUGCAAUCAAGAAUGUUGUAAUGAAUGUUUAUGAUGCAUUGAAUAUUAACAUUGUGUGUUAUACAGGGUAAUAA